AUGUACUCGAUGCUCUUCCUCGGUGGGGUGGCAGCAGGAGGUAUUUUCAGUGGGACGAACCCGGCGUACCAAGUCUAUGAGAUCCGCCACCACAUCCGCAUGGCGCAGGUCAAGAUGUUCAUCGUGGAACCCGAAGUGCUGGGUCCCGUCCUGGAGGCGGCGGAGCUCGAGGGUCUCACGCGGGACAAGAUCUUCAUCUUCAACACGCGGCCGCAGCAAGACGUCCCCGAGGGGUUCCGGAGCUGGGAAUGGCUCCUGUCGCAGGGUGAGGAGGACUGGGUGCGCAUCACGGACCUCGAGGAGCUGCAGCGCACCGAGGUGGCGCGGCUCAACACGUCCGGGACGACGGGCCUGCCCAAGACGGCCAUGCAGUCGCACUACAACGCCACGUCGUGGCACACGAUGCUGCACGACAUUGCGCGCGUGCCCUGGACGGUGCGCAACCUGUACACGCUGCCGGGGUUCCACGUCGCCACGGUGCCGCUGGUGCACGCCUGCCCGCUGAUCACGGGCGACCAGUGCUGGAUCAUGCGGCGGUUCGAGCUCGAGGGGUUUCUGGCGGCUCUCGAGCGCCACCGCAUCACCAACAUCGGCAUCGUGCCCCCGCUCGUCAUCGCCAUCAUCAUGUCCCCCCUGCGCCACCGCUACUCGCUCCGCUCCCUCCGCCAGGUCAAGUGCGGCGCCGCGCCCCUCGACGCCGCCUCGCAGGAAAAGUUUCGCCGCCUGUGCAGCCCCGACGCCACCUUCACCCAGGUCUUUGGCAUGACCGAGACGACGGGCACCAUCUCGCACUUUUACUACCCGGGCACGGACGACACGGGGAGUGUGGGGAGUCGGUUCCUGCCCAACACGGAUGUCAAGUUGAUCGACGACAAGGGCAACGACAUCACGGCCUACGACGUCCCCGGGGAACUCUGCGUGCGCGGCCCCACCGUCGUCAGGGGCUACUUCAACAACCCCAAAGCCAAUGCCGAGGCGUACGACGCCGAGGGGUACCUCAAGACCGGCGACGUGCUGUACUGCGACGGCAAGACCAAGAAGUGGUACAUUGUCGACCGGAAGAAGGAACUCAUCAAGGUCCGGGGCUUCCAAGUCUCGCCCUCGGAGCUGGAGGGCGUGUUGCUCAUGCAUCCGCGCAUCGUCGACUGCGCCGUGGUGGGAUUCCGCCGCCCUGGCGGGCCGAUGCACGGUGUCGCCGACGAGUUGAUCCGCGCGUACGUCGUCGUCCGGCCCUCGACAUCGACAACGUCUUCGCCACCAGAACCGCCCUUGACCGCCGACCAAGUCAAGGCGCACAUUCGCGCCCACCUCGCCAGCUACAAGGCCCUCACGGGCGGCGUGGUCUUUGUGCCCGAGAUCCCCAAGAGCGCCAGCGGCAAGAUCCUGAAGAGGGUCUUUGCCGAGCAGAUUGAGAGGGAGAUGGCGUCGUCCAAGACCGAGGGUCAGGGCGAUGGGGGAGAGCAGAGGGCCAAGUUGUGA